UUUGGCGAUAAGAGGACAGUAAAGAGCAGCAGACCAAACGAGUUUGACUCCGGGUUUCUGGAGCAGAGGACACCUGGAGAGGUUCUUGUCUCUUUGUUCGGUUCCGCUCAGUGGUCCAUGCAACGCUGCAGAACUCAGACAGAACAUCCAGGUUUUUGAUCCCCAGUGACUGCUGCUGCUGGAGCUGCUGCUGCUGCUGGAGCUGCUCUGAUGUUAGGAGACAAAGCUCACGGUGUGACUCUGAAGGUGAUGGAGUACACCUAUGAUGAGGACCUGGAGGAGCUGUGUCCGGUGUGUGGAGACAAAGUGUCCGGGUACCACUACGGCCUGCUCACCUGCGAGAGCUGUAAGGGCUUCUUCAAGAGGACGGUCCAGAACAACAAGCGGUACACGUGCGCGGAAAACCAGGAGUGUAAGAUCGAUAAGACCCAGAGGAAGAGGUGUCCGUUCUGUCGCUUCCAGAAAUGCCUCAACGUGGGGAUGCGGCUCGAAGCGGUUCGUGCUGAUCGCAUGCGUGGGGGGAGGAAUAAGUUUGGACCCUUGUACAAGCGGGACCGGGCCUUAAAGCAGCAGAAGAAGGCACUGAUUCGAUCCAACGGGUUUAAGCUGGAGACCGUGCUCCCCCCACCGACCUCCCCUUUGCAGACGGACUACAGCUUUACUGGGACCCUCCAUGCACUUCCCACCAUCUCCAAAAGCUUGCUCCCCUCCACCCCAACCUCCAUCACCCCCACAGACUACGAGUCCGGCCUCUAUGGACCCACUACCCUGGGCAUGGCCAUGCAGCCUCACGUGCCCCCUCUGACCCCCCAAUACCAGUACACGGCCUUUCCCAGUAGGGCAAUCAAAGCUGAGUGUCCUGACUACACCAGCUCCCCCGAGUCCCUGACUGGAUACCCUUACCCAGACCAGUACCUGUCCUCCUCGCCGCAGCCCCCCAGCCUGCCCCCGUUGAUUCUGGAACUACUGCGCUGUGACCCAGAUGAACUGGUGGUCCAGAACAAGAUUGUGGCUCACCUGCAGCAGGAGCAGAACGGCCGUGGACGUCUGGACAAGACCAGCACCUUUAGCCUCAUGUGCCGCAUGGCGGACCAGACCCUGUUCUCCAUCGUGGAGUGGGCCCGGAGCUGCAUCUUCUUCAAAGAGCUGAGGGUGGGGGACCAAAUGAAGCUGCUCCACAACUGCUGGUCUGAACUUCUGGUCUUAGAUCACAUUUUCAGACAAGUGCAACACGGAAAGGAAGACAUCAUCCUGCUGGUGACAGGCCAGGAGGUUGAGCUGUCGUCCAUCCUGUCGCAGGGCGAGGCCACGCUGUCUGGUCUGGUCCAGCGAGGUCAGGAGCUGGCCUCCAGGCUGCGAGCGUUGCAGGUGGACCGCAGAGAGAUGGCCUGUCUCAAGUUCCUGCUUCUGUUCAACCCCAACGUCAAGCUCCUGGAGAACCAGGCGUUUGUGGAGGGCGUCCAGGAGCAGGUGAAUGGGGCUCUGCUGGAGUACACACUGUCCACUUACCCCCAGUUCCAGGAGAAGUUCAGCCAGCUGGUGGUCCGGCUGCCUGAGCUGCGUGCCCUCAGCACGCAGGCCGAAGACUACCUGUGCUACAUGCACCUGAGCGGAGAAGUGACCUGCAACAACUUACUCAUUGAGAUGCUGCACGCUAAGAGAGCGUGUGUGUGAAGAGGACCACACACACACACACACACACACACACACACACACACACACACACACACACACACACACACACACACACACACACACACACACACACACACACA